AUGACGUCCAUUGGUACCGGCUAUGAUCUGUCAGCCAGCACAUACUCGCCGGACGGGCGUAUCUUCCAGGUGGAAUACGCGAAUAAAGCAGUAGAGAACUCUGGGACCAUCAUCGGUCUACGCGUUAAGGAUGGCGUCGUGAUCGCGGUGGAGAACUUGGUACAUUCCAAGUUAUUGAUGCCCGGUGCCAACAGGAGAAUCCAGACAGCAGACCGACACGUAGGACUGGCGUCCGCAGGCUUCCUCGCGGAUGGACGUCACAUUGCUAACAGAGCACGGGAAGAAGCAGCCAACCACCGAGAUACAUAUCGCACUCCUGUACCAUUGAAGACUCUCGCCGGUCGGCUAGGAUUAUAUAUCCAGGCAUACACACUGUACUCAUCUGUUAGGCCAUUCGGCAUCAGUACUGUUGUAGGCGCUGUCGACAAAGAUGGUCCUGCAUUGUAUGUCAUAGAACCCAGCGGUGUCUUCUAUGGAUACCACGGUGCAGCUAUAGGCAAGGGCCGCCAGCUGGCUAAAACCGAGCUGGAAAAACUCAAGCUUGCUGAGUUGUCGACGCGAGAGGCGGUCACGGAAGCGGCUAGAAUCAUCUAUGCCGUCCACGAAGACUCAAAAGAGAAGGAGUUUGAACUCGAAAUGUCAUGGAUAGGCGACGAAACAGACGGAUUAUUCGUGCCGGUACCGAAAGAUCUACGCGAAGAGGCCGAACGGAAGGCGAAGGAAGCCAUUGAGGGGGAUUUCGAGUAA